AUGCCUCCCUCCACAUCCAAACCCGAUCUCUCCUCCAAAAAACGCCGCUUCCAACCCCCCAUCACAACCUUCUUCUCGACCUCCUCCCACCCAAGCUCCAAUGCCUCCUCGCUCUCUCACAACCACUACUCUGCCCCCACACACUCCCCAACUCCCGUCGUGGAAUCAAAGGUGCAGGCCUCGCUGCUCUCGGUCGGCAUGCGCGUCCGCAAGUCCGUUGCCGAGGGGUACAAGACGAACCAUGCGAAGAACAUGGACGAGAAACAUACCGUCAUCAUCUCCACAAAUUCUAUACACGAGCAAAGCGCAAACACAUCAAUUCAGCCGAGCACCUACUCUACAACACUGCGCUCCGAACUCGCCCCGUUCAGCGGAAUGGGUCGCUCGAACCAAUAUACCCCGUCGCUUCCGUAUCCGGGCACAUCGACCCUACACAAACUGCAAGAACACAUGAUAACAACCGACGAAGACGACGCCUUCUCCCUCCCGCCCAGCAGCCAAGAGUCCGUUGACUCGCAGUCCUUCAGCACUCCUCCCCCUAUGCUCAAGAAACGCACACACAACGAUUUCAACUUCGAGCCCUACGAGGAUGACGAAGACAUCGACCUAAGUUUCGAUGAGAUGGACAACAAAUGGCAAGACCCGCUGCGUCUGAACCUGUCCCAUCACAGUGUCAGCCAUGCUGCUGGUACGAAUAUGCACGGCCGCACAAUCCUCUCUCCAAGACUCAAUCAGCAACGACGUCGGUUCCUCGGGGUGAAACACAGUAAGCCUGUCGGCGGCAACUCCAUGGAUGUGGAUGAUUUCGAGGAGCCGGCGUUCUUGAGGAGGCGCGAGGAGGUUGAGAUGGAUAUUGUCGAUGAGGUGCAGAUGGGCGGGAUGUAG